AUGGGCAUGACCCCAUCCACGGCGGCCCGCGCCGACUCGGAGGUGCCGCUGCCGCUACCCAAGACCUGCUUCCAACCUGUGUAUGAAUGGCUGUGGGCGGGAAUGCGCGGCUACUACACGGGACCCGGCGCGUUGGUGGGGGGCGUGGGGGCGGGUGUGGGCAUGGUGGUGGGGCUGCCCCUCAACCUGGCCGGCCGCUUCAGCCCGUGGGUGGGCUUCCGCACCACCCACCCGCUCCACUCCGGAGGCGACGACGGGCAGAGCGACGGCGAGGAGGCCGCCCUCAUCGCCGCCUGCGCCCACGACUUCAACGAACGCCUCCUCCGCCCCGACGCCCGCCCGCUCCUCGACCAAAUCACCGCGUUUGUGGCGGGGCACGACGCGGGGGUGGGGCUGGAGGAGCAGGGGCGCGCGCUGCACGCCUUCGUGGACAGCAUGGAGGCGCAGAUGGCGGUCCACCCGCUGUGGAGCCAUCUGCCCGUCGAUUCUGGGCGUGCGCUGCUCGUCGAAUGCCUCGAGCGCCACCUCACGCACACCCUGCACUCCCGGAUCUUUCUCUGCGGACCCUCGGCGGCGCGUCAGGACGAAGACCUCUUCCGCCGAAUCCUCUCGCUCCAGUUCAUCGGCACGCGGCAGCUGGGACUGCCGGCCGGGCUGGCCCGCGUCUCCCUCGAGUCCGCCCAGGAAGCCCUCUUCACGAUCAACUCCAAGCGGUCGCCCUACGAGAAGACCUGCUGCCUCCUGCGCUGCGCUCGCAACCUGCUCCGGAAGCUGGCCGAGGCGUCGAAUCGCCGCACGGAGGAGAUCGGCGCCGACGACUUCCUGCCGGGCCUCAUCUACCUCCUCCUCAAGUCCAACCCUCCGCUCCUCCACUCCAACCUCCGGUACAUCUCCUGUUUCCGCCACCCGGCCCGAGCGGCGGGAGAGGGCGCGUACUACCUGGUCCACUUCGUGUCGGCCGUCUCCUUCAUCGAGAACCUCGACGCCGCGCUGCUCAACAUGGACCCGGCCGACUUUGAGCUAGGGCUGAGCGAUCCCGACGCGUUUGCCGAACGGGAAAGGCAGAGAGAUGCGGAGGAGGAGGAAGAGGCGCGAAGGCGACAAGAGGAGGAGGCAGCAGCAGCUCUCCGACGAAGUGACAGCGAUUCGGAUGAGCUGGAGGGUGACGUCAGCAGCUGGGUCUACCUCAACAAGAAGACCGACAUCUCCGCCUUCGCCACUUCUUCUGCCGACAACACCACCGUCGACGAGGCCAACGAAGAAGAAGGACAAGAGGACCGGUUCCUCGACGUAGAGGCGGAGCAGCUUGGUGCUGCAGACGUGGCCGAGCUCCUACAACGCUACAAGCUGCUCGUCGAGCGACUUCGUCAAGCAUAG